UUAGGCGAGGCAAUGGUGCAGUUCAGUCCAGAAGGGGUUAACUGCAGUGCUCCUCGCUGACACCCGGGGCAGCAGGAGUUUGAGGACAGCCUCCGGGCCGGGUCACAGAAAGCUGCUCCAUGGUGUCUUGUGUUUGUGUGCAGAGCUUUGCCACCUGCCCGUGUCCGUGGGAGCUCGCUGGUGCCCAGUGAGCUCAGCCUGCCCUGCCCUGCCCUGCCCUGGGACGCGUCCGAGCUGAGCUGCACCGUCCAGCCAUGCUGCGCUUCCUCUGGGACAGCAUCUCCUUCCAGAUGCUCCUCAUCUUCCUCACUGUCUUCCUGCUCGUUGCUGACUACCUGAAGCGCAGAAAGCCCAAGAACUACCCUCCCAGCCCCCUCGCCCUCCCCUUCAUCGGGCACCUCUACCUGAUGGACUUCAAAGAUCCUGUAAAGACCGUGCAGAAGCUUCUAGAGAAGUUCGGGGAUAUCUUCAGCAUGUAUAUGGGCAGCACAGCGUGUGUGCUUGUUAAUGGGCAGCAGCUGAUCAAGGAAGUUCUUGUAAACCAAGGGGAAAACUUCAUAGAUCGCCCUGAUUUUCCUUUUGGGGAGAACAUCUUCAGCAACAAGGGACUGGUCUUCUCCAAUGGGCUCUUGUGGAAGCAGCAGAGGAGGUUCACCUUGAGCACCCUUCGGAACUUUGGACUGGGCAAGAGGAGCCUGGAGGAGCGCAUCCAGGAGGAGUGUCAGUGCCUUGUGGAUGCGUUUGCAGAGGAGCAGGGCAACCCUUUCAAUCCUCGAGUUCUGCUCACCAAUGCUGUUUCAGAUAUCAUCUGCUCCAUCACCUUUGGCAACCGCUUUGACUACCACGAUGAGGACUUCCAAAAGUUGCUGCAGCUGCUGGAGGAGACAGUGAGGCUGCAUGGGACUAUAGCGAGCCAGCUGUAUUCCUCUUUCCCAACUGUGAUGAAAUUCUUGCCUGGAUCCCACCAAACCAUUUUAAAAAACUGGAAGGUGAUGAGAAGUUUUGUGAUGGAGAAGAUUGACAGACACAAGGAGGACUGGAACCCCUCGGAGAGCCGGGACUACAUUGACAGCUACCUGCAGGAGAUGGCCAAGCUUUUUGUGAAGGGUGACAGCAGCAGCAGCUUCCAGGAGGAAAACCUGGUGGCAUGCGUGCUGGACCUGCUGUUUGCCGGGACCGAGACCACUGCCACCACCCUGCGCUGGGCUCUGCUCUACAUGGCCAUCCACCCAGAAAUCCAAGCCCGUGUGCAGGAUGAGAUUGACCUGGUGAUAGGGCAGGUGCGGCAGCCAGCCCUGGAGGACAGGGACAAAAUGCCCUACACCAAUGCUGUCAUCCAUGAAGUACAGAGGAUGGGCAACAUCAUCCCCUUCAAUGUGCCAAGAGCUGCAACCAGGGACACGGUUGUGAGUGGCUACACCAUACCCAAGGGCACUUUUACUGUAAUAAAUUUAGGCUCUCUGAUGUUUGACAAGAACGAGUGGGAAACCCCCCACUCUUUUAACCCUGGGCACUUCCUGAAGGAUGGUCAGUUCCAGAGAAAGGAGCUUUUCAUACCCUUUUCCAUGGGGAAGCGAGCCUGCCUGGGCGAGGUGAUGGCCCGCUCCGAGCUCUUCCUCUUCUUCACGGCUCUGCUCCAGAAAUUCACCUUCCAGCCCCCCCCAGACACCACCUACAGCCUCAGGCCCAAGCUGGCCAUGACCAUGGCACCAGAGCCCUACAAGAUCUGUGCCGUGCCUCGGUAGUGAAGCUUUGGCCACCGCCCUGCUGGGGAAGAUCCUUUGGCAGGGAUGCCAAGCAGCAGCCCCGGGUGGUGCUAACCAGCAGCUGGCUGCAGCAGGGGACAGGCAGUUUGUUUGCUUCCUGUGCAGCAAUCACAGAAUCAGUUCUUUUACAAGCAGACCUUGCCCUCUGUGCCCUGUGAGCAAGGUGAGCAGCCUGGGCAUGCUUCUAACUGAUCACUUCAGCCCUACUGCACUUGUAAUAAAUGAGUCACCACUACAGGUCUCUGUGGGGAGGGGUAUUUUCUCUUCAAGAGAAGACACAGAAGAUCUGUGGACUUUUCUUCACCCCCAAAGUUUUUAAAGCCAUUUAGGACUAAGUACUGGUUACUCUCAGUUUUUUCACUCAUUCUGGUGCAGGUGUGACUCUGGUAGGUGGCCACAGUUUGCACUGGAUUAGUAAACAGGUGCUAAUCUCUUCCAUCUUCUGUUUCAAAGUUCCCUUUCCAUGUUAUCAAGUGGCUCCUUCUCUACUUGUGUAGAGAAUUAGUGAUUAAAGUCAUCCUGUUUUCCUGCUUUUUUGGUGGGCUUUUGAAAAUCAUUUGGGCCAACUCCCCCCAAACACCCCGUUCUUAUAUGUCAUCAUCCUGUACCAUAAGGACAGGAGGCACAAACUGUCUAUUUUUGAGUGGAGCAUUGUAUGGAUGUGAAGUGGUGCAUGUGCAUCCCCACAGGUUCAUGCCUCCAAGAGCCUAAAGGCUGAGGCUAGAAAGAUACCAAACCUUUUUUCCCCUUGAAUUCCACAAUGUAGCAGCAGUUGAGCUCUUCAUGUUUCUCAUGUGUAAAGGUGAUGCAGCAGCUUUGCUUUGGCACAUCUGGCAUUGCUUCAGCAGCUCUGUUAUAUCUCAGUGCCAUGUCUUUCACACUGGACAGUCCCAAUGGCCACAACUAACCAAUGUCCCCAGCACAGAGCAAAUGAACCUGAAUCAUCCCCAAGAGCCCAAGGUGGCAGCUGAUGACUGCAGCUGCAGCAGGUGCACAUGGUGCAACAUCAAAGGGCUGCUACAGAUAUCCCUGCUUCUUUAAAGAGAAAAGACACAGGUGAAAAUGCAGUGUGGAGUGUGUGCAUCAUCAACUCCCUGCUUCAGAACCAACCUGAUAUGGCAAAACUUGGCCCAGCCUCUUACCUGCUUCCACUGAAGGGUCACAGUAUGAUGAGCUGGGCACCUGCUUUGGCAUUUCGGCACCUGCCUUAGCUUGGGGCACUAUUCCAGCACAAACUACGCACCUCAAAUCCAAAGCUGGCGAGGAGGGAUGGCCAGAAGGCUUGUCCAGCAUAGAUCAGAAAGAUACAGUGCUUAGAAACAGCUGCAGGUCCUGGCUGACUGCUUCCUGCCCACACUGCCCUGAUCCACUGGAGCUCAACCCAGGGGUGUCCUGGUGUAACGCAGCCUGCUCCAGCAGGAAAGCCUUCCACACAAGCCCGGGGGUGAAAAGGAGAGCUAAGAAACCCAAAGCCUGUGUGUUGAGAGGAAGAAGAGUUCACUGGGAUCAUACAGUGUGCGGUUGUACGACAGGGAACUGUUUGGCACAGGGGCAGAAGCAGCGGCGGAAGGCAGCAGUGAGGUAGCCCCCACUGCCCCCCCACCCCCCAAC